AUGGCCUGCAGGGGCGUUUCUACGAGCAUGAGACUUGAUAUAAUCUCAUUGGUCACAGGCCUUGUCCUGUUCAAGGAUGUCCAGGCGGCGGUUCAAUCUAGCCUUUACCCGGCCGUAGAUUCCGUCUGUUUGGCAAAAGCUUUUAAUAUUACACUUGGGUGCCUCGAUGCUCUAAACGGGACGGUGUCCUGUGACGCUACCCUCCUGCGAAUGGCAGGAGACGUGGACAAUUACAUUUGGCACAUGGAUAAUGUUACUGCUCUAUGUACCGCUGACUGCCUUUAUACGGCCUCAAAUUGGUACUGGAACGUUUUUGAUGCAUGCUCUGACGACUACGUGAAUGUCAGGGGAAGGCUAGUUCCUCCUUACACGAUUCCUGGCCGAACAUUGGAUGGUAUGAAUAUUGCAUGCCUACGGCCGGGAGACGACGUAUCUCAGUUUCCAGGCAUUGAUGGCAAUGAGGUUACCGUCACAGAGGUGUCAUCAAACAGUUCAUCGGCCGCAAACGACCCGGGGACCCCUACUGCCCCUGAUUCUACCGAGCUGGGGAGCAAUUUGGACAAAACGUCCAGCAGUCCGGUCAGGCUUCCACCUGCGAACAAUACCCAUAUAAGUCAACGCCAAGUAGCCUCUAGUGGUAAUACUACUGGAUUUUGCUUAAUCGAUUCAUAUAGCUGGGUUGGGUCAGAUAUCAUUCGACCUGAUUGCUCGGAUAGUACAAGCAUCGAGCGACGAUGUUUAGAUCCCACUGAUGUGCCCGAUGAGAAUCAGCGAAUUGCAAAUCUUUACCCAGAUGAUCUGUUGUGCAGCGAUUGUUUUAUCAAGAUGUUCUACUUGCGCGUGGCAUCGCCAUACUUACCAGAUCUCGAUUACUCGGAUUACCUUAUAGAACAGUAUCUCGACAUCGUUGACGUUUGUGAUGCGGAGAUGCCGGAAUUGAUGAUUCGAGAUUUACUAGAGUACGACCACGCCAACAACACUCGAAAUGAGCCUCCUGCAAACAACAGCACAUCUAAAGUCUCUUCCAUGGCAUGUAACCGGAAUCUAACGAUAACCGAUCUAGAGAAAGCGAACCUCCCAAACCCCUUCGUGUCUAAUACAACCUUCUGUGAUAUUUUAUCGGUUGCAUACAACGCUACUACAGGCGACCUAAAUUUAGCAUUCGAUGACCCCAUUUGCACACCACAAGAAAAUUUUACCAGCAUAUGCCUCCCUGCCAAGUGUCCUGUGAUUGAGGUUCCAUAUAACUCUACUUGUACAUCUGUAGCUAAACAAGUCUCAACCGUUGAUACCAAUGUCACAAAAACGCAGCUUCUAUCGUGGAAUCCCCAUCUACUGGGCUUCUGUGACAGCUUAUCCAAACAAUACAUUUGCGCUGAUGCCCCGGGUGGCUCUUACAUACCCCCUGCCGUAUCAAAUAAUACUUCCACCGAUGCAGGACAGCAGAGGGGAAGUGGCCCUGGAGACUCGAUUGGUGGUGGAGGCAUAGUAGGGGGUGGUCGGAAUGCAACUAUGGUUCCAGCAGGCGAGCCAGCGCCUACACCAACACAGUCUGGUAUCUCACCCCGCUGCACAGAGUAUGCUUUGGCAAGUAAGAGCGAUACCUGCGAUUCACUAUCUCGAUUAUGGCACAUCUCUCGAACAGAUUUCUUUUCUUGGAACCAAGUCCUUGGAUUGAAAGGUGAAAACUGUGAUACCCAGCUAUUCCUUGGUUAUUAUUACUGUAUAGGCGUUCUCGACAGCCCCACAGCGACAGCACCCGCAGCGACUCCUACGAAGGCGAUAGCCCGUGGACCUACACAGUCUGGCAUCAUUCCUACGUGCAACAAGCUUGUUGAGUCUAUCUCUGGUUUGGGAUGCGAAGACUUUGCAACUGCAGAAGGCAUUGCGCCUACAGAACUUUACGCAUGA